UCCCCUCCUCCUCCACCGUGAACGUGCCUGGCAGUUACUACCAAUCCAAAUAUGGGCAUUCACUUUGACAAAGGUACCGCCCUCUUGUGAUGUGCGACAUUCUGAUUUGAAGAACGGAAUGCCAAUCAUCAACGUUCACGGGAACAACUGCUGUACAUGGUCAACACUUACGACAGAACUAGCUACUCUUGGACCGAAUUUAAAACCCAAACAGGGUUUCUGCAGCUGGUGCUUCGGAUGUCCAAGUACAAACUUUUUCUGCUGAGGCAUGGGGAGGGAGCCUGGAACAGAGAGAACCGUUUCUGUAGCUGGGUUGACCAGAAGCUAAGCGAGGAUGGGGUGAAGGAGGCCCAAGACUGUGGUAGGCUCCUAAAGGAGCAGGGCUACAAGUUUGAUUUAGUAUUCACCUCCAUACUCAGUCGCUCCAUCCAGACAGCAUGGCUGGUGCUGGAGGCUAUGGGUCAGGAGUGGGUCCCCGUGGUCAAGUCCUGGAGACUGAACGAGCGCCACUAUGGUUCCCUGAUUGGCCUUAACCGGGCGGAGAUGGCUCUACAACACGGAGAGGAAAAGGUGAAGUUGUGGAGAAGGAGCUAUGAUAUCACUCCACCUCCGAUUGAUGAAUCCCACCCGUACUUCCUGGAAAUCUACAAUGACCGCAGAUACACCACUUGUGACGUACCAAAGGAGAACCUUCCCCGAGCAGAAAGCCUAAAGGAGGUGUUGGACAGACUGCUGCCCUACUGGGGCAGCGCUGUGGUGCCAGAGAUAAGGAAAGGCAGGACUGUGCUGAUUUCUGCUCACGGAAACAGCUGCAGGGCUCUGCUGAAAUACCUGGAAGGUAUAUCGGAUAAGGAUAUUGCCAGUGUGACUUUACCCACAGGGAUACCUGUGCUGCUUGAGCUGGAUGAAAACCUCAAGCCUGUGAAACCUCGACAACUCUUGGGAGACCAGGCAAAGAUUCAGGCAGCAAUUAAAAAGGUGGAGGACCAGGGAAAAGCCACACCAUCAACUUGAAUCCACUAAACUGGCUGUAAGACUUUACGUAACUCUACUCUGGUUGCCUGUGUGUACUUUUAUUAGGUACAUGUACAGGGAAAACUCUUGAGAAGACUUGAAGAGAAUAAUAUAUAAUAUCAAUAAUAACAAAUUGUUGUUAAUAAGAUUUUAAGGCUGGAUUUGAAGUUUCUAUAUGUGUAAUAGGGGCCUGACCUAGAUACAGAACAUACGUCACAAGUCAGACUAGUCUGACAGGAGUAUGAGGAAGUACUGUACUGUAGUGUAAAUAUGUUGGCGCUAUGUGGUUGUAUUAUGUGUAAGCACUGAUUUUUAAGCUAGCUGUCCCUACUUAUGGCUGAAUGGUUACCCUAAAGUGGUUAUUCACUUAUCGACUCUACCUUGCAGCUUAAUAGUAAUGUGAAAAAUCUUAAAGUACAUCAUAUCUAGACAGAAGGAAAAAAAUCACUUCUAUCUAAAAGAUGCUUUUCUGUUACAUUGAUAAGCUUUAAGAAUAUUACCUUUCAUCUAAACAUGUGCCUUCAUUAUUAACCUAUUGCUCAAAUUCAGCUACAAGUCUUGUGUUUAUUUGAUCUAAGACUAAAAGCACUCUCUUAACAAAUCUUACCUCAUAAAAAGUGAUAUCUAGAGGCUGUUCAUUACAAGAACGGGGAAACUGUAAGCUACAGAAAUGCUUUAAAUAUGCAAAACCACUGAAAUCCUCUACUCUCCCAUGCAUAUGAGUUACUCAUUACAGCUGAAGUAUUCUUAUGAGGUUAAACAGCACAUUUACUCUAACUAAUAGUCUGAGUUGAAAACACUGUGGCUAUUUGGAAUUAUAACUGGGUCAUGCGUUGCACUUUUUGGGGGAUUUUAUGAGGAUUCUUUUUAAUGAACCCUCUUUCUAAUUAAAUGCUGUGAGUAGUAAAUACUAUUAUUUUGGGUAAAUAUGAAAAAGUUUAAAUCGUUUUUCAUUUUAAAUUCUAAAUUAUCAUACAUGCAUGCAAUUUCAUGAUGCUUAUGUAAUGUUAAUAACGUGUAAAAAUGUUACAAACCACUCUUGGGUCUGCACAUUAUGUCUUAUACCGGCAUCUCACUUCAUAUGUGUUGGAGCUGUGUGUGGCACAGGCGCCUUCAUCAUUGUACUGUAUGUUGUAUUGUGUCUCUUGUUUGCACUGUACUGUGAAUCAUUUUUGUCUGUGUCAUUUUUCUCAUCUACGAUUAUUUUACACGCUGGUCUGUUAGGUCAAGAGGGGGAAAGAGAAAAGAACAUGCACUAAAGAGGAGAAAAUGUAACAUCUUCCCUGCAAUUCACACCUUUACAUAUGAGAGUCUGCAUGAUGAAAUAAAACGGAAUUAUAAUUUUCCUAAAAUAUUGUUU